AUGUCUAAUUACCGGAAGGUUAAAUACUGGCUGUAUAGAUGUUUUCUAUUUAUAGCCAUUUUAUUAUUAAUUGGAUUCGCAGCUGUAUUGCCAAUUGAUUCCAUUGCACAGGCAUCACAAUCACAAAACAAUGCCUUGAACACAUUUAUCGUAGUCGGGGCUCUAGUAGUCUUUGGACUUAUUUGUAUUAUUAUUUUGGUUGGAAGAAUGUUCCUUCAUAAGAGUUGCUUCAAGGAUAUACCGAGAAGGUACAUACCAAUAACACCAGACGACCUCCCGCAUAAACAUAGUAGAGAAUUAAUUACCAAUAAUAUGGAACGUUCCAAAGAACUGAGUACAUUAUUUAAGAAACCAAAAGAUCCAGUGAUUCAUGCAGGCUUGGAACCACCAAUAAGAUGUGAUGAUCCUAAUUUUGAGAAACUGUUUCCAGAAUAUUUGAGUUAUAAAACGUGUAUAAACAGUAUCACAGAAACACUAAAAUACAAAGGCUUAUUUAUGAAUACCAUUGCCGUAAAUGUAGAAUUAAGCGAUACAUUUAGUGAUGUGAUCCAAGAACAGUUUAUAAGACCUACUAUUGACCAAGCUGAAAUACAAAGGGGGAAUAGAUUUAUCGAGUUAUAUGAAUCAUUUCAAUUCUCAGAUAAAGAGAUAGAAAGGUCAGACUUCUAUGAAUUUAUAAACCUUUGUAUCCAUUUCCAUGAUGUUUCCUUUUCAAGGGAUAAAUCAAAGAUUAAAAUACGGCAUUUGAAUUCAUACUCCCAAAAUGAUGAAGAUGAAGAUAAUUCACCUGAUUCAGAAAAUCAAAACAACAAAAGCUCACCUUUGUUUAAGAAAUUUUCGUCUUUCUCUAUGGGAGCAGAUAAAAAUAAGGGAACUGGAUAUAGUCCUGACUAUAUUAAAGAUGAAGAUAAGGAUGACAACGCCGACGAGAACCCACUUUUCAAGAAAUUUACUACCUAUUCAAUGGAGCCCGAACCCGACAAAGAAGGAAAUGCAGAAGAUGCUGAGAAUGCAGCUGAUACAAUGGGUUACUUUCCAGAGUCAUCGAGAUUUUCACCAGAAACUCCAAGUUACGUCAUUAGAAGGAAUAGCACAAGUUCUGUCACAAGAAGAAUUCCAACAAGUGCAUUACCUGCGAAUGAUAAUGAUGGAGAUGAGGACUUGGAUAGGGAUGGUCAUUAUGAAGAUGAAAUGGAACAUGACAAGCUUUCUAAUGUAGAAAGUUAUAAAAGUGUGAUACGGCAUUAA